AUGUCGGCUACAUCUACUCUUACGACUAUUCGAUCGAUAAGUAUUGCACAACGAUCGUCGGUAGUAUCUUUAGUAAAAGCAUCAACUACUACUACUACAACUACUACUACUUCUACUCGUCAACCAUGGUGUAGUAAACUACAAUCAAUAAGAUCAUAUUCUACAGAUACUUCAACUCAACAAACAUUGACAUCAACUAAUACAAAUAGAAAUGAAGAUAUAAAUAACAAGAUAAAGAUGAUAAUGGAACAAUUCCCAAAGAUUAAAUAUGGGUUUGCAUAUGGAUCAGGUGUCAUUGCUCAAAAGGGUUAUGAUGUGCAAGAUAAACAAAUACAACAACAACAACGACAACAACAACCAACAACAGAAGAGUUAUCACCAAUGAUAGAUAUGGUGUUUGCAGUUGACAAUGCAAAUGAUUGGCAUAAAGAAAACUUGGAGAGAAAUUGGUCACACUAUUCAUUCCUUGCCUAUGGAGGUCCAAAGCUAAUCAGUUUUGUUCAACGUACUUCUGCUAAAGUUUAUUAUAAUACUUUAUUAUCUUUUAAUGGUGUUAGAUAUAAAUAUGGAGUAAUAGAAUAUAAAGAUUUAAAGAGUGAUUUAAUCAAUUGGGAUAGUUUAUAUGUAUCUGGUAGAAUGAUGAAACCAAUUUUAAAUCUACCUGGAUUGGAAGAAGAAGAAGCAAUCAAGGAAAUAGAACAUUUCAAUAGGAAUGCAAAUCUAUGUUAUGCUAUUAGUUGUUCUUUGAUGAUGUUACCAGAACAAUUUACAGAAUACGAUUUUUAUCAUACUAUUUGUUCAAUCUCUUAUAUGGGUGAUAUUAGAAUGAAGGGUGGAGAGAAUCCAAACAAAGUUCAUAAUCUAGUGGUUGACAAUCUCGUCCAAUUUAGAGAAAUCUAUCAACCCAUUGUAAAAGAACAUUUCUCUUCAAUCAUUCAAAUCACUUUUAAUAAUCAAACUAAUCAAUUUGAUUUUAAGGCAUCACAUUCACAACAUGAUUUAUUUGAAUUAACUAAUCAUUUACCACCAAUUAUUAGAUCAUAUGUAUUAAAAACAAUGAGGAAAUCAAUAAGAUUACUUGAUCCAACCACUCAACAAUCAACAGAUAGUCAACAAAGAGUCAUACAACCAAACAAUAUAAAAGAAAUAAUUUCAAAAAUAGUUGGCAAGAGUAGUUUUAAUCAAUCAUUUAAAGGUGUUUUCACAGCUGGAUUUACAAAAUCACUAGAAUAUUUAAAAUUGAAAUUAAUCUCUAAAAAGAAAUAA